AUGUCUAACUGUAAAUAUGCGGGUAAAAUAAAAGAAUUUAUUCCAAAAUUAACUCCGACACUUCAUAAAGGUCAGUGUGGAAGAAUAGGUAUUAUUGGCGGUUCUGCAGAAUACACGGGUGCUCCUUAUUUUGCUGCAAUAUCCGCUUUGAAAUUAGGAGCUGAUUUAGUGUAUGUAUUUUGUUGUAAGGAAGCCGGUCCGGUUAUUAAAUCUUACAGUCCUGAGCUGAUUGUACUUCCUAUUUUAGACAGUGGUAAUGUCACAGAAAAAAUAGAAAAUUGGUUAACGCGUUUACAUGCUUUAGUUAUUGGACCAGGAUUGGGAACAAAACCAGUGAACAUAAUUCGUUUGUGCAAUGAACGAUCAAAAUUAUCCGUUCUACCGUUAAUUAUCGAUGCAGAUGGUUUACGUAUAGUAAAUGAUAAUUUGGAUUUAAUUAAAAAAUACCAUGGCCCAGUAAUAUUAACUCCAAAUGAAGUUGAAUUCAAAAGAUUGAGUUCUAAAUUUUCCAAUACUGAAGCGAUAAAUGUGGCAUCAUCAUUAAAUUCAGUUCUUAUUCAAAAAGGUUCAACUGAUGUUAUUACUAAUGGAAUUAAUUUCGAUGAAUUUGAUUUUACUUUUGAUGAUGUUACAAUAACAUGUGAAACUUUUGGAUCGAAUAGAAGAUGUGGUGGUCAAGGAGAUAUAUUGUCAGGGUGUAUUGCAACUUUUGUCGCUUGGUUUGAAUUAUUUAAAUCGAAUAAUACUUUUAUAAUACCUUUAAGCUCUGUCAGUUGUUAUGGUGCAUGCGCUGUUACAAAAACUUGCAGUAAAUUAGCAUUUCAAAAGUUUGGUAGAAGUAUGACUGCUUCCGACAUGAUCGGUUGCAUUCAUCAGUCUUUUACAUCAUUAUUCGGUUCAUAG